AUGUUAAAGUUUGAUCCUUUCAGGCACUGCCCACAAAUGGUUUUGAGGCCUCUUGGUUUUGUCAUUGUUCUUGGGCUUUGUGGAGUGUUAACAUUGGAGUUGUUGUUGAGCACUAAACAAACUGCACAUGCCAUUGCCUCGGAAACUUAUGGUGCACGCAACAGAUCCUUUUCCGAAAUCGAAACAGCAGCAAGAUUGUUGUAUCCUCUGAAUUCUUCUGCAAUCAAGUUGUCAAGAUCUUUGAGUUCACUUCUUGAUGGAACUGAGCUCUCAUUUGAUGCCAUUGUAACUAAGGUUGCACCAACAUUGUUCAUAGCACUUUCAACAAUUCCGCAGUUAUCUCAGGUUUCUUUUAUAGGAUUGCAGGGUCUGUUGUUUUCAUAUUAUGUUGAUGGGGAUCGAACUCUUGCAGUAUAUUCGAAUACUUCGUUUUCUUCGACUUGGUAUACUCAACCGGUGAAUCACGACACUGGGGUGUUUUAUGGCACUCCUGUUCCUUCAAACCCUUUGUUUUCUGUGAAUGCAACUUGGUUUCAGGAGGCUUUGAAUAGUACUAGUGGGCACUCUUCAUUUGGGACAGGAUGGAACAAUGCAGAAGAUAGCUUGUAUUAUAACACUGUUGCUAUGGAUACCAGGGGUGUUAUAUGCCUUGGUUUUCCGUCAAAAGUGGUAAUUGAACGUUUCGCGGCGUUGGAUUUUCAUGGAGGAGAUUUUCAUUUGGCAACUACUGAUGGGAAAGUCAUUAUGCAGACAAAACUUCAGAACAUUCAAAUGGUGAUAAAUAACACCACAGUUCUAUUGCAAAAAUUAUUGCCUAAUGGUGAUCCUGCUAACACUAUUGCCAAUCUUUCGUGUACUUCUAAUGAUGGAAAAUCAAGUUAUUUUCACGAAAAAUUCAUCGGAGUCCACCAUGUGUUCUUCUGCUCCACCCUUGAGAUUGCUGGAGUUCAAUCGGUGUAUGUAUUGGCUUAUCCCAGGGGAGGACUGUUGAGCCUUGUCAGCAGAAACAGGAAGCUAUCACUCAUUUAUGUUGUGCUUAUGCUAGUAGCUGUGACAAUCUCUCUUAGCACCUUCAUAUUCUUAAUUACAAAAGCAGCAAAAAGAGAGAUGUUCUUAUGUGCUGCCCUCAUAAAGCAAAUGAAUGCUACUCAACAAGCCGAACGCAAGAGUAUGAACAAGACUUUUGCCCUUGCUAAAGCAAGCCAUGAUGUCCGCGCUUCAUUAGCUGCUAUUACUGGCUUGGUGGAGCUUUGUCAUGAAGAUGCCAAUCCUCAGACUGAGUUGGCAGAAAAUUUGGGACUGAUAAAAACUUGUACAAAGGACCUACUGGGCAUAUUGAAUUCAGUCCUGGAGAUGAGUAAAAUGGAAGCUGGAAAACUGGAACUGAAAGAAGAAGAAUUCAACUUGGCUCAACUCCUGGAGGAAGUAGUUGAUUUGUACUAUCAUGUUGGUAUAAAGAAAGGUAUAGAUAUUGUGCUUGAUCCGUGCGAUGGCUCUGUUCUUGGAUUAUGCCUUGUAAAAGGUGAUCGCGUAAAACUGAAACAGAUCUUAUGCAACUUACUUAGCAAUGCCAUUAAGUUUACAUCAGAAGGUCAUGUCUCUGUACGUGCAAUGGUUAAGAAAAAGAGUUUCAAACAAGAUAUUAUCGCUUCAAAUCAUAACAUUGUCUUGCAGUGUCUAUCAAAGAUGUUUUUCAAGAACAAGGAAGGUUUCAAUGACCUAAAUGCGCUUCAUUCAGUUGAAGAAAAUCCCAAUUUAAUGGUGUUUGAAUUUGAGGUGGAUGAUACAGGCAAGGGAAUUCCCAAAGACAAGCAAAAUUCUGUCUUUGAAGAAUUCGUUCAAGUCAAGGAAACUGCUCUUGGCCAUGAAGGCAUCGGUUUAGGACUUGGUAUCGUUCAAUCGAUGGUACAUCUGAUGAAAGGAGAAAUAACAAUUGUUGAGAAAGAGCAUGGUGAAAGAGGCACUUGCUUCAAGUUUAACAUUCUCCUUACUCUAUGCGAGCAAGAGUCAAUUGACACUAAUGAAGAACAUCUCAGAGCACACAAUGAUUGGCCUCAAUCUGGAUUUCAUCAACAUCUUGCAGCAUUUUGGAACCCUGCACCUAAACUAGAUGGAUCUCACAUCAUACUCUUUAUAACCGGUGAGGAACGAAGACGAGUCUUGAAGAGGUACAUUGAGAACAACUUAAACAUCAGAGUGACAAUUGUAAGGCAAGAAAAAAUGCUUCACCAGGAGCUCAAGAAGAUAAAGCGCAAGAUGGAUCCUUCUUGUUCAGGAAAACCUGAGUCAAAUGUAGUUGAUAUCUUGACCAUCUCUGCAUCCAGUAACUCUGAUACAGGACCAAGUGAUGGGGCUCAGGGCAUUAUACAAGAGGGAAGUGACAAUGUUUUGCCAUACCACAGAAGGACAAACUCGAAAAAUUGCUCGAGCUUUACACUGGUAGUGAUUGAUGCCAGUGCUGGUUCUUUAUCUGAAUUGUUCAAAACUUUAUCCAACUUCACAAAAGAAAUUCCUAGCUUUUCAUGCAAGUUUGUCUGGUUACAUAAUCCAAUCAUGCGGAAUUCUCAUUUAAGAGAACACCAAGAGUACCAGCUUAUUCCUCCAUGUGAUCAUGUUAUAAACAAGCCAUUUCAUGGUUCGCGUUUGAUCGAAGUGCUGAAGCUUCUACCUGAAUGCAAGAGUACAUCCCAUUCCCAGCGCAGCUUCCGAAAGUUAAAGAUGACAUCAACAUCUCAAGAAAUUCAGUAUUCCCCAGACCCCAAUCCUUCAAACAAAUCGAAGGGCUUGAGAACCGAGACAGGAACUUCUUCUUCUCCUUCACAUUACCCCUCCAUUGAGCAGACAGUUUUGCAUAGUGAUGGAAAAAGCAAUGAGAAGCCCCUGAAUGGGAAGAAAAUUCUGAUAGUUGAGGAUGCUGCAGCAAUGAUCAAGUUGACGACUACCAGAAUCAGUAAACUUGGAGCAAAUGUUGAAGUAUGCACAAAUGGGAAAGAGGCAUUUGAUCAAGUUUGCAAAAAUCUGAGUGAUGCAAGAAAGGAAGGACAUUCCAAGACUCUUCCUUAUGAUUAUAUCAUUAUGGACUGUGAGAUGCCAGUAAUGGAUGGAUUUGAAGCAACAAGACUGAUAAGAAAGGAGGAAGAAGAAUACAAUGUUCAUACUCCAAUAAUAGCAUUGACAGCACAUGCAGUGGCUGAGGAGGAAAGCAAGAUUGCCAAUGCUGGAAUGGAUUUUCAUUUAACCAAACCAUUGCAAGUAGAGGAGUUGUUAGAUGUCAUUCACUCUAUUGAUGAGAAAUGGAAAAACAUUUCCAAACAGCAAGCUUGUGUUUGAGUAUGUACAUAUACACUGUAAUUCUGAAUUCUCAGAAUUUAAUAAAUUUUAAGUUUAGUUUUUGUUAUUCGAGAUUUGGUUACAUGUAUAGAGAGAG